AUGGACCUCCCUCCUCAGGUCGAGAGCAUCCCAGACGACUGGACCACCGAUCCUGCCGAAAUUCACUUUGACCUGGUAUGGAAACAUCAUAGAAGCCAAGGCCAGAAGAUGGUGAGGAGGUUCGGGCUAUCAAAGCCACGGGUUCUCAUGACUUCCAAGCGCGAAACGGGGAUUCCCCAGUACAUGAUUCAAUCAGGCGAGCGGUACUAUAUCUGGAACGAGAUGGACGACACGGUCUGGCAAAUUAUCAAGCCUACAGGGCUGCUAGCCAUACUCCGAACCAUGACCGUCAGGGGACAAAGGGGGCUAAAAGUAAAGAUAAUUGAGCCACUCGAAGUUUAUGAGUAUGAGGAGCACAACGAGUAG